CCUCGCAGCGGCUGCUUCCACCGGGGGUCUUCAGGAGAGACCCGCACCUCCAUGUGCGCCGCUGCCUCGCCUCCAGGAUCCACCAUGUCCAACCCGACCCACGACCCCUUCUACUCGUCCCCGUUCGGACCCUUCUACCGGAGACACUCGCCCUACAUGGUCCAGCCGGAGUACCGGAUCUACGAGAUGAACAAGCGGCUGCAGGCGCGCACCGAGGAGAGCGACAGUCUGUGGUGGGAUGCCUUCGCCACCGAGUUCUUUGAGGAGGACGCGUCGCUCACGCUCUCCUUCUGCCUGGAGGACGGACCAAAGAGAUACACCAUCGGACGGACGCUGAUCCCCCGAUACUUCAGCACGGUGUUCGAGGGCGGGGUCACCGAGCUCCACUACAUCCUCAAACACUCCAAAGAGUCCUUCCACAACUCCUGCAUCACCCUGGACUGCGACCAGUGCACCAUGGUCACGCAGCACGGCAAGCCCAUGUUUACCAAGGUCUGCACUGAAGGUCGUCUCAUUCUGGAGUUCGCCUUCGACGACCUGAUGAGGAUCAAGACGUGGCACUUCACCAUCCGGCAGUACCGGGAGCUCAUCCCUCGCAGCAUCCUGGCCAUGCACGCGCAGGACCCGCAAGUGCUGGAGCAGCUCUCUAAAAACAUCACACGCAUGGGACUGACCAACUUCACCCUCAACUACCUCAGGUUGUGCGUCAUCCUGGAGCCGAUGCAGGAGCUGAUGUCCAGACACAAGACCUACAAUCUCAGCCCCCGAGACUGUCUGAAAACCUGCCUGUUCCAGAAGUGGCAGAGGAUGGUGGCGCCACCAGCUGGACACCCGCAGAGCUUCAAGACGGAGAUAUUCCCCACCAAUCACAAAAAAGGUCGCGCCAAAGCUGAGCCCGCCCGACAGACCACCACCAAGAGGAGGAAACGGAAGAACUCGGCCAGCAGCGCCAACAGCAGCGUCGGCACCGCCGCUGGGAAGAAACGCAGCCCGGCCACCAACUUCAGCCUCUCCAGCCAGGUACCUGACGUGAUGGUGGUCGGCGAGCCGACGUUGAUGGGUGGAGAGUUCGGUGACGAGGACGAGCGUCUGAUCACGCGCCUGGAGAACACGCAGUACGACGCCACCAACGGACUGGACGACGAGGACGACUUCAGCAGCUCCCCGGCUCUGGGCAACAGCGCCCCCUGGGGUGGUAAACCGCCCAGCGUGCAGGACAGCAAGGCGGAGGGCACGGCGCCGCAGCCCUCGCAGUAGAACUUCUCGCCAAUCCUCCAGAACCUCCGAACUCUGGCAGCAAUAUCCCACGGACGCUCUCUGGUCUGUGAUUUCAGAACCAUUUUUGUCUGAGAAGGUUCUGGAUCUUCCAGCCGGACUCACGGACAGAACUGUGAUCGGUCGGUCAUGGCGGCGGAGAGACGGCAAAGAGAAUCGCGUGGUGGCUGAGUCCACCUCUCAUAUCUGAGUCCAUUUCCAAGCGUUUCUUUGACCACCGUUUGUUUGUGUUUGUUGUUUCCUGUUGUUAUUCUUGCUGCAGCUCGUCCACACGCACCAGACUCAAGUUUGACUGAAACACAGAAGUCCAGCUUUGCUUUGGUUACUCACGCAGGGAACUCCCUGAGAACUCUGGUUUCUUCCCCACAGAUGUAUGACCAUGUGGUGGGAGUGUUCCACCUCAGCUCUGACGUGCUUCACUCUGCUGGUUUGUACCCCCUCUUCACUCCUGACAAGUGCGACGCUCCACUCCAGACCAAAAGUGUAGAGGCUCGUCCUCUGUCGCCCCCUGCGGGUCUGACUGACAAUAACCACUUGAUAGCACAGAUCCCCUCCACACAGUUUGAAUCCUUCGGUGACGGAGUUGUGGACCUCUGAGACGUUCCAGAGCCAGAAUGUAGAAGUCCUCUCCUCAGCAGGAGAAACCUAGUCACAACCCUGCUCAUGUGAAGACGCUCUCUACUCUGAGUCUCUGUUGGAAUUUGGGAUCAGGCUCCCUUCAAAAGAAAACAGAGCCAGUGGCUGGAAGUGGACAUGUCAGUGUCCCGUCACUCGAGGUCUCCAGCAGAGACCUCAGCAGAACCAGACGUGCGUGUGCGCUCAGUCCUCAUGUGACUUGACCACUCUGACUGUAGGUUUUUUUUAAUCGUCCCUUUAAAGAACUUUCUUUCCUGCAUGAUUUUGUAGUUUCUUUUUCAUCCAGUGUUCUUUGUAAGAACCGCCGACUGGGCUUCAGCGGGUUUGUAGCUUUGUACAUAACGGUGGAAUCUAUUUUGUGGCUGUGAACGUUCCGGCGCUGGUCCGGGCGCGGCUGCUUUUCUACGGAGCUUUUCCAUGUCUGUCGGAAGAAGAACAGGCCCCGUCCUCUCUAGCUAGUGCAGAACCAAAGCCACUCGGUCGACAGGCGUCUUCAUCUCUCUCGAACUCUCAGAGCGCUGAAAUCACGGCACACAGAGGCGGCGCUCCGGCCUUCGUGCUGUUCCGGAUCCAUGUGUUGGACUCUACCUUGGGGGCGGGCCGGCAGGUGUUUCGGCCGACACCCUGAUCUUCUGAGUAUUUAUUUGUGCGUUUGUGACGGCGCUCUGCCGGAGGCCGCGUUCUCCUUAGAUCCAUUUGUACAUGACAUAGCCGAGUGUUCUGUGUCCACUGAUGUCUGGUAUGUAUGCUUUACCAUUAUGUGUGCCAAUAAACCGUGAUA